UUUGCAGAAUACCUAUAUAAUUUCUUAAUGAGUAUACAUAUACCAUCUGCGUCAAAUUCAAGAGGAUAUGUUACCUCGAGGGAAAUGCUUUUAACCUAUAUUCAUAAUAUGGCAAAAGCCGAUGUUCGAAAAUUGUUGAGGCCGGUGAGAGAUGGGCUUUUGACUGAAAACACAAUGUUUCAUAUGAAUACACAAAAUUUUUCUGUUGACCACGUGGUGGUCCCCAUAUCAAUCGCUGAUUUUCUUAAAGAGCUGAGUCCAGAAUGGAUGAGAUGGAUUCAUACAGCUCCCGGUGAAGUUGACCUUGAAGAAAGGCGGUAUGCUCCGCAUGCAACUUUUGACUAUCAUGGUGAUCAUGUAGAUAGCGAUGUGAUAUUGGAUUAUGUAACCGGAAUGGAUAAACAUCAAAAACGUGCUUUGUUAAAUUUAAUACGAGAAGGUGUACUUACUGAUGAAUGUUUUAUAAAUAUAUCAACACAUGUUGGUCCUGAAAGAGUUCAGGUACCUAUGCCACGUGUAGUUGAAGCAAUGCGCAUAAUACAAGAAGGUGAACAAGAUCUCCAAAAAGAGAAACCAAUGCUUCUUAAAAUAUUUACAAUGAAACAUUACUCAUCUGCUUCUUUUGACAACCAUUAUCGUGCAGAUUUGAAAGUUCGAUCUCUAACUGCUGCAAGAUACACUAUGCCAAUUUGGUACACAUUGUUUUUUUCAUUCAUGACUCUGGCAACAUUUGCCUCGCAUAUUUGGUCCCAAGUCACAAAUUACUCAGAUUUACAAGAGACGCUUUCAAUGACUCUACCGACAAUUAUUCUAGUGGUUUCAAGUCUUCUCAUUGGCAUGCUACUUUAUUUCAACGUCUAUAUGGUUGGUUUUUUAUGUUGUUGUGAGAAUAACUUUUCAAUGAGACUAGUAACAAAGGAUUUGGAUUAUUCGUCUCUUUAUGUACAUUUUUGCGAGCUAAACAAAUUUGAUCUGAGGAUAUAUUUUGUGAAAGGAUUGCAGUUUAUUCUUCUUUGGUACACUAUGCUUUUGGCUGUUUAUGCCCAUGAGCAUGAUUUAAACAUUUAUCCAGCUUUAGUUUGUGUUUUAACAAAUGGAUUUGGACUGAUGUUAUUUGCAAGAAUGGCCGAAUUCUUCCGACGGUGUAGAAGAACAAGAGAUGGGACGUCUAUUGCAGCCAGAUAGCUGAUAACUUCCUUCUGAACUCUUUUUUUGAAUUGUUUAACAAUUUCAUAUUCUAUGAAACAACUAAGAUGAUUUAAUAAAUGUGCCACAG